AUCACUCUAGCAACUACGUACUCUCAUUACCACACUUCACUUUCCUUCUAAUAACCCUUUCUUUCAUAUAUAAAUAUAAUGAAAAAGUGCUUCAAAUUCAUUGUUGAGUAAAUUUUUAGGGCCAAGCUGGAACUGAAAAGAAGACCAAAUUAGUUAACCAAAACAGAUAUAUUACUUAGCUUCAAUUAUUUUCAGAGUAAGUGGUAGUACAACAUGGCUGGAAGCUUUAAAAAGUGUAUGCUUCUAUGUUGUUCGGCAAAAGUUUCGAAAGAAGAUAUGGGUAACGAAACAUACGAGGACGCCAUUGCCGGACUCACCAAGCUUCUCAGCGAGAAAAAUCACCUCGGGGAGGUCGCCGCCGCCAAGAUCAAACAACUCACCUCCGAAUUAGAGGUUUCCGGGUCGGAUCAAUUUGACCCGAUUGAGAGGAUCAAAACCGGGUUCAGCCACUUCAAGACCGAGAAAUACGAGAAGAAUCCUAAAUUGUACGGCGAACUAGCCAAAGGGCAGAGCCCCAAGUUUUUGGUAUUUGCUUGCUCGGAUUCUAGAGUUUGCCCCUCACACAUUCUGAAUUUCCAACCGGGAGAGGCCUUUGUGGUUCGAAACAUAGCCAACAUGGUUCCACCCUAUUGUCAGACAAAAUACUCUGGAGUGGGCGCGGCCAUUGAAUAUGCGAUAUUGCAUCUCAAGGUGGAGAAUAUUGUGGUGAUUGGACACAGUUGCUGUGGAGGUAUAAAGGGGCUCAUGUCUAUCCCUGACGAUGGGACCACAGCUAGUGACUUCAUUGAGCAUUGGGUACAAAUAUGUGCACCAGCAAAGACCAAGAUCAAAUCAGAGUGCAGUGACUUAAGCUUCUCUGACCAAUGCAGUAACUGUGAAAAGGAAGCUGUAAAUGUUUCGUUGGCUAAUUUAUUGACAUAUCCAUUUGUCAAAGAAGCCUUGGCAAACAACGCUGUGUCUAUCAAAGGGGCACACUAUGAUUUCGUCAAGGGAAAUUUCGAACUCUGGAAUCUCGAUUACAAAAUUUCACCAACCAUACUAAAUGCUUAAAAUUACAUAUAUAUGCAGCCCCAGCAUCCAACUUUGGAAUCGAGCUUUUUUUUUUCUUUUAUAUAUAUAUAUAUUUAAUAUAUAAAUAUCAUAAUGUUUUCCUUUAAGGGUACUCCUUGUUUGUAAAUUUUCUGUUGUCUUGUUAUCUUGGCAAAAAUAAUAUUGUAGCCUCAAUGGCACAUAUACAUCUUCUGUUUUUGUUAUGCUUAAUAAUAUUGGUUUGUUACCUUUGUUUUUCUCAA